AGGAGGGGGGUGUAGGUAACGACAAAAGAAGGUAUUUUAUCGCAACGACAAGAAGGGUCGGUCGAAUGUUACACCUGGUACCUUCAUGAGUCUACAUCUCCCUCAAAUAUAGACACACAGCUGUCUCUUGUUUCGAGUCUCCCCUUCCGAAGAUGCAUCAGAAGGAAAUCCUUUUGAUUCCACCCUCCAACCUUAGUUUUGUAGCGUAUUCGUUGAAAGAAUAGGAGCGGACCCUUCGUGAACGAUAAUUUCACCUUUAAACGCGUGUCCUCCUUUAAAAUGCGAGGCACCACCACCCGGUGCAUACGAUCCAAAGUUUGAUCAAAAAAUCAAAGGACUUGUUAUCGAGAAAACAGAAAGAUUUCAGGAUAAUAAAAGUGUAACGAGUAAUGGGACCGAAUCGAGCUUAACCGUUUCGAGCAAGAGCACCGGAAAUCUACAAUCGGAAAGAUUCGUAACCCCACAAUGUACCAGAAGGCGAGUUAUUGUCAAACCAAUAAAUCCAAAUUACACGAAGGAAAAAUUGAAAUCCAUGAACCAGACUAAGAAUAAAAGUAUUACCAAGACACAUUAUAAUUAUACUCAUCAGCUGCUGGAAUUACAAGUUGAGUGUACAAAUAAAGAUAGAACUAUACAGGAACAUGAGAAACAUAUAGAAGAAAUGAAGGAAGAAAUGUGCAAGCUUGAAGUGCAAAUAGAGGAUUUACAUAAAAAACAAGUUGAAGUUGAAGAACAACAUAGGAAAGAUAUAGAAACGAUGGCUAAAUUACAACAGGAAGUUUUAGAUAAUCACGAUGAAAGGCAUCAAGUUGAAGCAGAAGAACUCCGUUCUAAAUUGUUGGAUAUGUCGAGAGAAAAAGAACAAGAAAUUUCUGCUAGAAGAAUACUGGAAAAUGAAUUAAGAAAACGAGUGGCCGAGUUGUUAGAAAAAAUUUCUCUUUUAGAGUCGGAGUUGGCUAGAAAAACAGAAAAAAAUCAAAUUGCGAUACAAACCUUAGAGACAAGAAAUAAAGAGUUAUUGUCCAAAUUAAAAGCACUGGAGGAAGAACGCGACGUCCAAGUCGAAUUAUUAGAAAAAGAAAAAUCGCAGCUUGUGUCGGAUGUAAAUGAUUUAACGGACAAUAAAUGUGAACUCGAAGGUAAAUUAGAAAAAAGACAGGAGGUGAUUUUAGAGCUUCAAGCGCAAUUGUCUACUCUUCAAUGUGAGUUAGACGAAUUGAAAGGGGAAUACGACAAACUUUUGGAGGAUUCCAUGAAACAAACGAGCGAUCUUGUGAAAAAUUAUGAUGAAGAAAAAGAGACGUUGAAAGAUACCUUUGUAAGAGAAAAAGAAGAGCUUGAAUCGCAAUAUGAUCAAACGAAAAUGACAGUAAUUAUAUUGCAAACCAAUCUAGAAGAUAUGGCCGAAACUAAUUCAUUUCUUCAGAAAGAAUUACAAGACGUGCAAAUGCUUUACAAAGAUUUAAGUCAACGAUUGAGGCAAGCCCACGACGAAUUAGAAAUUGCAGAACGGAAACACGAGCUUGUCUUAAAGGAACAUAAAAAUGAGAUAGAGGUUUUAAAAAAGCAACAUAGCAAAGAAAACUCGGAAUUAAAGCAGCUAUUGGAAGAGGCAAAGGAAGAUUAUUUAAACGAAAUAGAAAAUUUGUCCAUAGCAAGAGAUAAAGAAAUAGCUGAUUUACAAAAGGCAACGAGUCAAACAAUCGAGGAAGAAACCAAACGAAUAAAGGAGCAUACGAACAAAAUCGUUGAAAAUGCCGAAGCUGUUACUAGAGAAACUUUAGCGGCUUGUCGUGCGGAAAGCGAAGAAAGAGUAAAGAGAGCAAUCGCCGAAUGUGACGCGAAAGUAAGCGGACCACAUAUAAACACAAUGAUCAGAGAAGCUACUGCUGCGAUUGAAGAAGAAAUGCGUUUUAAUGUCGAAAAAUAUAAAGCAUGUUUGACAAGAGUAGAGACCGAACGUGCUGCAUUAGACGAUAAAUUAGCUCAAAGAGAUGCUGAAAUUACGAAACUUUCCUCGAUACUCGAGGAAUUGAAAUUGACCGCGGAAACUCAGGAGAGUUUUAGUCAAAGUUUGCAAGUCGAAUUGGACAGAGCGGAAACAGAAUUGGCGGAAAAGAAAGCAGAGCUUAGAGCAUUGAAAGAUCAAAUACGUGCGGAGGCUGCAGAAAUGGUUGCUAGAAGAAAAAGAUUUGAAAUAGUUAUGGCUGAAAAUCAAGCAUCGGUUGCUGCACUUUCGAAACGUCUGGCACAGAGUCACGCUGAGGUAGAAAGACUCCAAGAUGAGUUAAGACGCGGAGAGGAUUGUAUACACGAGCAUCGAGAUUUACUCGCUUCUAUGCGUAAUAAUUCUCAAAUGGUACAUGAUCAAGUACACAAUAUUAUGAAACAAUUAGAUGCCGAGAGGCAACUCGUAAGUCAAAUCGAAGCCGGUAGUUUAUCCGAGUUUGAAUCGAUUAAAACUAUUUUCGAAGUUAAAAUUGACGAACUUCAACGGGUAGCAGCGAAAGAAAUUACACGACUUCGAGAAGAAAUGAAAAAGAAGUCAAACGAAAAUACAGAGAUGAAGAAACAACUCGAUGAAAUGGCUGGUUCUCUUUGCGCCGCGCAAGAUAUGUUAUUAAGAUUAGAAGAAAGAAACGAUGCGCAAAUGAUUGAAAUUUCGCGAUUAGAAGUUGAAUGUAGUAAAGUUCACGAACAAUUAAAUAAUCAAGAAAAGAUCUCCGAAGGAAACACUGCAUUGAUAUCUGUACAAUCGGCGCAACAUAAACUCGCCAUCGAGAAAGCGAAUUAUCAGUUAAAAGAACUCUCCACGAAAGUUAUAUUACUCGAGGAAAGAGAUCGAUCUGCCGAGAACAAAUACUUAUUAGCUGAAAAGGAAAAAGCACAAUGGCAUGCUCGUGAAGAGAAGCUUUUAAAAGAAUUAGCCGAGGAAAGAGCACGUCGUGAAACUGCUGAAACCGAAGUCAAGACAUUAACCGAAACUAAUGAUCGACUUCGAAAGGAGUACGAAGACAUUAAUGAAAAAUAUGCCGAAAUAGUUGGCCAUCAGAAUCACAAACAAAGAAUCAAGCACGUUUCACAGCUGAAAGAAAAGAUCUAUCGAUUGGAACAGGAAUUGCAAACUAAAUCCAGGCAACUGGAACACCAACAAAAGGCAGCGGAGAAGUUAAAAACUCAACAGAAACGUCCCCAUACUAAAGGGAAAGAAAACAUAAUAGGAGUUUCGAGAAGUAGUCAUACCACACCUACAUCUUCACCGCAUAAAUCAUUGACGCCUCUUCGAAAUCGAAACGAAUAAUUUGAUUACAAAUUAUGGCCAAAAGACUUUGCCAAAUUAGUUCGUGUAUAAGAACUAUAGGUGUGUAAAAAUAGUUAAGUCACAUGCACGUUCCGGGAUAGGGGGAGGGGAAGAAAAAAAAAGAAGAAGAAGAAAGAAUUCGAUGUUAAUCGUUGAUAUUCGACAUUUGGUGUUUUGUUUUUUUCUUUUGUUUUUUUUUUUUCGUUUCUUUUUUCUUUCGUCGAAACAAAAUUAUUCGUAGUUACAUAUCUCGUUUAAAUCAAUAACGUUCAAAAGGUACCAAGUGUAUUUGGUCAAUCUCUUGUUGAAUUUUUGUCGUUCAAGAUUCGUCAAUAAAUCAGAUUCUCAUAA